AUGUUAGAGCAGUAUAGCUUCUCACUUACCCCGUCACUUGCUGUGAAGGGUGUGGCUGAUGAAGUCCCGGUGGUGGAUGCUAUAGAGGACUGCAUGGACAUGCAGCAAGCCAGCCUCUUCCUGAAGACCUCCAAGAUCACAGCCGCCAGAGACUACUCAGACACAGCCAACUCCAAGCUGUGCGUCAUCACUGCAGGCGCGCGUCAGAGGAAGGGGGAGAGUCGUCUGGAUCUGGUCCAGAGGAACAUUUAGGUGAUGAAGCAGAUCAUCCCUCCACUGGCCCAGCACAGCCCUGACGCCAUCCUCCUAGUCAUAUAAACCCCGGUGGGUGUGCUGACCUAUGUGGCAUGGAGGCUGAGUGGGUUCCCUCAGAGCAGGGUCAGCGGAACCAAUCUGGACUCAAGGCGGUUCCCCUACUUGACGGGAGAGAGACUACAGAUCCACCCUAGCAGUGUCCACGGACACAUCAUAGGAGAGCACGGGGACUCCAGUGGGGGCAGAGCUACCGACGUUAAGGAUAAUCUGAAGAUGAUGCUGGCUAAAGCUAAAACUGGCGAGUGUAGAGAUGCUUAUGAGGUGAUUCGGCUGAAGGAGCACACCCACUGGGUCAUUGGUCUGAGUGUGUCCAGCCUAGCACAGGUCAUACUGAAGAACCUCAGCACCAUUCCCCCUGUGUCCACCCUCGUCAAGGGCAUGUGUGGGAUAGAGGAGGAGGAGGUGUACUCACCCAGCCCCUGA